AUGCUUUUCUACAAGGAGGUCAUUGAAUCCUUCCAGCUCAACAAGAAAGAUCCGACGUCAACCUUCUUCCAGUUUGGAGCGUCCAUCCAGCAACAAGCCACAGUCAUGCUGAAGAUCAUGCAGGAUUAUGACUGGCACGUCUUCUCCCUGGUGACCACCAUCUUCCCUGGGUACAGAGACUUCAUCAGCUUCAUCAAGACCACCGUGGACAACAGCUUUGUGGGCUGGGACAUGCAGAACGUGAUCACCUUGGACACUUCCUUUGAGGAUGCAAAGACGCAGGUCCAGUUAAAGAAGAUCCACUCUUCCGUCAUCCUGCUCUACUGUUCCAAAGAUGAGGCUGUCCUCAUCCUGAGUGAGGCCCGCUCCCUGGGCCUCACUGGCUAUGAUUUCUUCUGGAUCAUCCCCAGCUUGGUUUCUGGGAACACAGAGCUCAUCCCAAAGGAGUUUCCAUCAGGACUCAUUUCAGUCUCCUACGACGACUGGGACUACAGCCUGGAGGAAAGGGUGAGGGAUGGCCUGGGCAUCCUCACCACUGCUGCAUAUUCCAUGUUGGAGAAGUUCUCCUACAUCCCCGAGGCCAAGGCCAGCUGCUAUGGGCAGACGGAGAAGCUGGAGGCCCCCCCUCACACUCUGCACCAAUUUAUGGUCAAUGUGACAUGGGAUGGCAAAGACUUGUCCUUCACUGAGGAAGGCUAUCAGGUGCAUCCCAGACUGGUGGUGAUUGUGCUGAACAAGGACCGAGAAUGGGAAAAGGUGGGAAAGUGGGAGAACCACACCCUGAGCCUGAGGCACGCCGUGUGGCCGAGGUACAAAUCCUUUUCAGACUGUGAGCCAGACGACAACCAUCUGAGCAUCGUCACCCUGGAGGAGGCCCCCUUUGUCAUCGUGGAAGACAUAGACCCGCUGACCGAGACGUGCGUGAGGAACACCGUGCCAUGUCGGAAGUUCGUCAAAAUCAACAAUUCAACCAAUGAGGGCAUGAAUGUUAAGAAAUGCUGCAAGGGUUUCUGCAUCGAUAUCCUGAAGAAGCUUUCUCGCACUGUGAAGUUCACCUAUGACCUUUACCUGGUGACUAACGGGAAGCAUGGCAAGAAAGUCAACAAUGUAUGGAACGGGAUGAUUGGCGAAGUGGUCUACCAACGGGCGGUCAUGGCGGUCGGCUCACUCACCAUCAACGAGGAGCGCUCGGAAGUGGUGGACUUCUCCGUGCCCUUUGUGGAGACGGGGAUCAGUGUCAUGGUUUCGAGAAGCAAUGGCACGGUCUCGCCUUCUGCUUUUCUAGAACCGUUCAGCGCCUCCGUCUGGGUGAUGAUGUUUGUGAUGCUGCUCAUUGUGUCUGCCAUUGCUGUUUUUGUCUUCGAGUACUUCAGUCCUGUUGGAUACAACAGAAACUUAGCCAAAGGGAAAGCACCCCAUGGGCCUUCUUUUACGAUUGGAAAAGCUAUAUGGCUACUCUGGGGCCUGGUGUUCAACAACUCUGUGCCCGUGCAGAACCCCAAAGGGACCACCAGCAAGAUCAUGGUGUCCGUGUGGGCCUUCUUCGCUGUCAUAUUCCUGGCCAGCUACACGGCCAACCUGGCUGCUUUCAUGAUCCAGGAGGAAUUUGUGGACCAAGUGACCGGCCUCAGUGACAAAAAGGCGGGGCCAACCCAGGGUACGCUUUACUCUCCGGAGCUCCCCGCGGGAUCAGGUGGAAGGAAACUGGACGCUUUCAUCUACGAUGCGGCAGUCUUGAAUUACAAGGCUGGGAGGGAUGAAGGCUGCAAGCUGGUGACCAUCGGGAGUGGGUACAUCUUUGCCACCACUGGUUACGGAAUUGCCCUCCAGAAGGGCUCCCCUUGGAAGAGGCAGAUUGACCUGGCCCUGCUCCAGUUUGUGGGUGAUGGCGAGAUGGAGGAGCUGGAGACACUGUGGCUCACAGGGAUCUGCCACAACGAGAAGAACGAGGUGAUGAGCAGUCAGCUGGACAUCGACAACAUGGCCGGCGUGUUCUACAUGCUGGCGGCCGCCAUGGCCCUCAGCCUCAUCACCUUCAUCUGGGAGCACCUCUUCUACUGGAAGCUGCGCUUCUGCUUCACCGGCGUGUGCUCCGACCGGCCAGGGCUGCUCUUCUCCAUCAGCAGGGGCAUUUACAGCUGCAUCCAUGGAGUGCACAUCGAGGAGAAGAAGAAGUCUCCGGACUUCAACCUGACCGGAUCCCAGAGCAAUAUGUUAAAACUCCUCCGGUCAGCCAAAAACAUCUCCGACGUGUCCAACGUGAACUCCUCAAGAAUGGAUUCCCCCAAAAGGGCUGCUGACUUAAUCCAAAGAGGUUCCCUCAUCAUGGACAUGGUUUCUGAUAAGGGAAAUUUGAUCUAUUCAGACAACAGAUCCUUUCAGGGGAAAGACAACAUUUUUGGGGACAACAUGAAUGAGCUGCAGACAUUCGUGGCCAACAGGCACAAGGACAACCUCAAUAACUACGUGUUCCAGGGACAGCACCCACUUACUCUCAAUGAGUCCAACCCCAACACGGUGGAGGUGGCCGUGAGCACAGAGUCCAAAGCGAACUCCAGGCCCCGGCAGCUUUGGAAGAAAUCCAUGGAAUCGCUGCGCCAAGAUUCACUGAGCCAGAACCCAGUGUCCCAGAGGGAUGAGGGAGUGGUGGAGAAUAGGACCCACUCCCUGAAGAGUCCCCGGUACCUUCCGGAAGAGGUGGCCCACUCGGACAUCUCAGAAACUUCGAGUCGGGCCACGUGCCACAGGGAGCCCGACAACAGUAAGAACCACAAGACCAAGGACAACUUCAAAAGGUCCGUGGCCUCCAAAUACCCCAAGGACUGCAGCGAGGUCGAGCGCUCCUAUCUAAAAACCAAAGCGAGCUCCCCCAGGGACAAGAUCUACACCAUCGAUGGCGAGAAGGAACCUAGUUUCCACCUGGACCCGCCCCAGUUUGUUGAAAACAUGGCCCUGCCCGAGAACGUGGACUUCCCAGACACCUACCAGGACCCCAGCGAAAAUUUCCGCAAGGGCGACCCCACACUGCCCGCAAACAGGAACCCCCUGCACAAUGAGGAUGCGCUCCCCAACAAUGACAAACAUAAAUUCUACGCCAAGCACUUCACCCUGAAAGACAAGAGCUCCCCUCACAGCGAGGGCAGCGACCGGUACCGGCAGAACUCCACACACUGCCGGAGCUGCCUGUCCAACCUGCCCACCUAUUCGGGCCACUUCACCGUGCGGUCCCCCUUCAAGUGCGACGCCUGCCUGCGGAUGGGCAACCUCUAUGACAUUGACGAAGACCAGAUGCUCCAGGAGACGGGGAGCCCGGCCGCCCAGGAGGAGGUCUACCAGCAGGACUGGGCGCAGAACAGCACCCUCCAGUUCCAGAAGAACAAGCUCAGGAUCAGCCGUCAGCACUCCUACGAUAACAUUGUCGACAAGCCCAGGGAGACAGACCUCAGCAGGCCCUCCAGGAGCAUCAGCCUCAAGGACCGGGAACGGCUUCUGGAGGGAAAUUUGUAUGGGAGUCUCUUUAGCGUCCCCUCCAGCAAACUCUCGGGGAACAAGAGCGCCCUCUUCCCCCAGGGUCUGGAGGACAGCAAGCGGAGCAAGUCCCUCUUGCCGGACCACACCUCCGAUAACCCUUUCCUCCGUUGCUAUGGGGACGACCGACGCUUAGUCAUCGGGAGAUGCCCCUCAGACCCUUACAAACACUCGCUGCCGUCCCAGGCCGUGAACGACAGCUACCUUCGAUCGUCCUUGAGGUCAACAGCAUCGUACUGCUCCAGGGACAGUCGAGGCCACAACGACGUGUACAUUUCGGAGCAUGUUAUGCCUUAUGCUGCAAAUAAGAACAGUAUGUACUCUACCCCCAGGGUUUUGAAUUCCUGCAGCAAUAGACGUGUGUACAAGAAAAUGCCUAGUAUUGAAUCUGAUGUUUAAAACCUUCCAUUAAUGUUUUAUCUAUAGGGAAACAUACGUAACUGGCCGAUGUGCUGGAGGGUAAAUGUCGGAUGUCCGAUGGUGCCCUGCCAAGAGGAAGAGGAUUUAGGAAGGUAUUUUUUUUUGCUGGUUCUUUUGCACAUGGCUCCAUGCCAUAGUCUUCCACUUAAGGAAUCUUGUGAGGUGCGUGCUGAGCAUGGCAGAUACCAGAUAGGUGAGUCCUGAACCAAAAACACAAACACACACAAGGGCAAGUCUCCCAGACACGCCCACUAGGUAUGUUGGCAAUGAGAAUGCGUUGGAUGCUGAUGGUGAUGCUAUGAUUUCCUGUAUUCCAAAUUCCAUUAAGACCGGUCCACCAUGUGCUCCCCUCAUCAGAAAUGCCUAGCGGUCUCUCUCAUUCCAAAUAAGCAAUAUGGUAUGCAUGUACCCCUGACUCAGACAAAACAGUUACGAAUGCAUCUGCACUGUAGCGAGAUUGACGUGCAAGAGAUUAGGAAGUUUGGCCUCGUACCCGUUUUCAGCCUUCAUGUUAUGCCUCCCAUCACUGCCCAGGCCCAACCCCAGAACUCCAGGCUCCCCCCCCAAAGAAGAGCAAAUCCGUGUGUUCACAGUCACUAUGCUACCUUCAUGAGAGUCCAUUUCCAAGACACAUCUGGAGUAAGGAGCCAGAAGGGCCCUCAGGCGGAGAGCUCUGAGCAUCUCUUUGGAUGUCAGCUUGUGCGUCUCACAGAACACUCUCUCACCCUUGGCUUCGAUGGUCUUGUUCAGAGCUGCACAAACACACCCAUGUCUCUGAUAUCUAAUUUGUGGAUCUCCUGUCUCUGACACAGCGGCUGUUGUAGUUUAUCCUGAAGACUCCUGUGUACGUAAGUUUGCGUCUCCCCCCCUUCUGGUGACGACUCAGGGUUGUAUAGUAUCUGUUACCCCUUCUUCCCUCCCAGACUGACCAUAACUCGUUCCGUCCCCGAAAGGCCAGGGUGGCAUCUAAUUACGUGUGUUGCUAUUCCCAGAGCUGUUAACAUGGUGGCACCCACCAGCAGCCAAAUGUGUCCUGUGAUCUGUAAGAAGUUCAAUGCCAGCCAUCUGCUGAAGCCUAGCGCUACCUGUUGCGUUUCUCUUCCUUCACGUCAUGAAAUUCAGUUGGGUGCUCGUUUCCACCCCAACCUCCUCAGAUCAAAAGCCUUCAAAACAUGAGACACUCAUGCAUCCACCCUGAGCAUCCUCCAAAUUGUGGGUCACCUUUGGUGGCAAAAAUGAUUGCUCUCUUCUGAAGUUUUCGCUCUUUUGGAGUCAAAACCACUUCACUAGCACCAACGGGAAUCUAUGAAAAAUUCUCCAAAGCAUUUGUCAUUUCCAAGUCACCCCCCCCUGCAUUGUCUCAUUCUUACUUCACUCAGACCUGUGUCUAUGUGACCUGGAAUGAGACUCAUUUAAAACCACUGGGGGAGGAAGGGGAGUCUGCAGCAUGGGAAGCUCUCAGCACAGGGCCUGGCACCGAGAGCAUGCUGAGAACACAAAGGUAGUUGUUAUGCGAUAACAGACCAGAAUUUUGUAGUUUAAAAAUUAAAUAUUAUAAAACCCACAGACAAUAUUAAACAUUUUUAUAUAGCUCUAAUUUAGUGUAUUUUAACUUUACGAAUGACCCUGAAAUAGCUAGGAUAACUAGCCAUCUGGUCCUGUAGAGUCGCUGAGUCUGGCGACAUGCUGCAAACACCCUAAGCAAACUAGCCUGCCCUUCUCCUGGUUUCCUCCUGCAUUUUGCUUUGGGUUCUUGGAGAAGGGCACAGAGUGGCAGGUUGAAAAGUCACCCUGUUUCUUUUACUUACAGCAUGUUCUGUUCUGUAGGCAGUGUUUUCCUGCGAGCGGGCAGGGGCCAGGAAUAAUUCUCUUAGAGCUCGAGGAUUCAGCGAAUGGCUCCAUCUUUGGGCAGGUGCAUCCAGUAAUGAUAAGUGGUUGCAGUAAGUUUCGGGAUCAUCGGUGGGGAGGCAGAGGAGGCCAUGGGCGAGUAGGUCUUCCCGUCAGAAGGGGAGGGCUAGGCACUGAUGACAAAUGUAUCUGAACAUUGCAUUUUCUUUCUCGGAUGUUGCACUUCUGCUGCCCCAAGGCCCAAGAAUGGAGAAGCCCAGACUGAAGGGCCUCACCUCCAUUCCUACUCUUAGGCACACUCCUGGCUGUCUUGUCUUUUAGAACUUUCUGCCUUUGCCCUCCCAUUGCUUUCCAGACCUACAUUCCCCCAGCCAGGAUCACCUCAUUUCCCCCACAAGACCUGCAUGUCAUGACAUGAAAUGAAUUAAAAAGUCUCCCCAGCACAGAGAGCAGUGGUAUGUCAUUAAUCCAAAGAGGCUUUCUGUCUUCCUCCUGUGUCCUCAAAACCCAGAGGGGGCUGCCAAAAGUGACAGAGACCUCCAGGGAGAACGCAAAUUACACUCAGAACUGUUCCAUAGAUCAAAAACCCUUCUUCUAACAACAGCAUUAUUUCUGCUGUUAACCCUAUGCUUCUUUAGAUUAAAAAAAAAAAACUGAACUAAAAAUGGGGCUUUUGGAAGAACCAACAGUACCGUGCUUCCUUUAAUACCCAACGCAUUUUUAAAAAUAAACACUGAGCAUUGGAAUGCUAUCUAUAAUGAAUACAUAAUUUUCCUCCUCCACAAAUUCAUCGACUCUUAAUUGUGAUGAUCCCAAGCAUAAGAAAACUGACCGCUGAUCAGACAGGCCAUCUGCCAAGUGAAAGAUAAUGACAUAGAGCUAUUCGAAGGUGAUUCAAGUCAGUUCUGUUCUUUGGAAGCAGAAGGUCAAAGACAUAAAAGAAAGCCCUCCAACUCUGGAUCCCUUACAGAGGGUUCCUGUGACAUCCCAGCCUGAGAUCUGGGAGCUGUUCAUGCCAAAGAGCCAGCAUGCCUGAGCCCCCGAAUCGUGCCCGAGUUUCACCUGACUCAAGCCAGAGCCGGCAUCCGUAAUGGUACCGCAGUGACUCUAAGUGGCCUUCUCCACUUGAGAAGGGCCCAACGGGUAUGCCUAAAUGCAGGUGCUCACGUUUCUGUCGAUGAGUAACGGUACACACAUGCCCAACUUAAAAUAGUCUGGGUAAGAAGAGAGUCUUCUGGGGCAUGAAUAUUCUACCCUGGAGCCCUUGGAGUUCCUAGAACACAGUCUACCUGGUCCUUCCACCUGCAGGUUUCAGACUACUUCUGGCUUCAGUGCUCCCAGAAGACAGCUCCCUAACGGGUCUGUUUUUCUGCCAGCAAGGCUCCCUCCAGAGGUACAGGAUUAUGAUCUCCCCACUCUCCCGUCCUUUGCAAUUUCACUCCGUAAUGGCAGCCAGCACCAUGACGGGGGUCUUGGGGAUUAUACCUGGUUUCUCUCCCCUGUUGCAGAGAGCCUGAGAACUUUUCAUACUCAGCUGCUCUGAGGAGACCAUUAAAAUGCACCCACUGCAGCAAAAUCAGUCACAUUUGACUCACACUUAUUUUCAAGGGAGAAACAAGAAAAUUACACCUUGUUUACAAACGAAAUAGUUUCACUUAAAUGGGACUCUGGCCAAGGCAGUUAAUUAGUCAAAAGAUCCCUAGCAGCUAUAUAGUCCCACAUUGUUUAUUCUGUUUGAUAUGCCUGCCACUGAUGUGUAUUUAAUAUUCUGCGUCCUUCUCAGGAAAUGACAAAUGCCCUGAAUUCUUUGCAAAUGCUAAUGAAAAGGGGGGGGGAGUUGGUGUUAAUUAAAUGGUGAUUAAAAAUUUAUCUCCUUUAAACCUAAAAAGUGCAGCUCUAAUAAUCAGUUGUCAUAUAAAUAAAUACCUUGCACUGAAAUCCCAUACGGUGUAAGACCUAAAUAAACACGAAUUGGAGAAACCCAAAUAUCUUUCAGAAGGGCUGAACAGAUGUGUUAACUUCAGGCGCAUCCCCGUCCUGUUUGCUUGUGCAUAGAUGUCGCAUGUGAAUCCUUGCAAAGGGGACAGGAGUUGUUUCUGAAGCAGAGCCCGUCUGUAUGAACUGCGGCUGGAGUGGACGGAAUUGGAGUUCGAUGGGGGUGGCGGGGGGGACCGAGUCCGUGGAAACGCAACUCAUUGGGUUGGUGUUUAAUAGGAGUUAAGGAUUCCACGUGACAGUGCUUUUCAGUGCAAAAGCAGUAUUUUCACUUGAGACAAAAUUAGACCUUACGGAUGCCCUGCAUUCUUUUGGUCAGCAGGGUCGGAAGUGCUGGGUGAGAGGUUCGGUGGGGUCUACACCAACACGCGGGUGUGCUUCUCCAUCUCACCCCUUCACAUCGUACUGUGUUCGCAUCGAGUCAUAGCAGAUGAGGGCAGUUGGCCACCUGAUACACAUCGGAGGAGAGAAAAGGCCCUCCUCCUGCCAAUACCAAUGCUCGUGAACACGUGUACAUACUCUAUAUACAUGCUUGAUUUCUACCACACACGGCAAGUGUGCCAUCCAAAUACAACUGUAUAUAAUGUAAAGUUUAUGUUAAAAAUUAAGUCGUGGUGAUGGUUAUUAACAUGUGGGAAACCCAUUCUGGUUAUCGAUGGGCUGACAUUUAGGAAGAGAGGACGCUACUGUUUUUAUUUUUUAAAAAAAUUAUGUUCUAGGGAGGAUGGCAGGGCCCAAGUGGGAUUUGGGUGCUGGUGUUCUUGGCCUCCUUUCAGAAAAGCUAUCUGGGGUUCGGGGUGUGAUACAUGUUCCUCUCACAUUAACUUCUGAAGACGAUGCUGAUAGGGACACGCGGGCGAUUUCUGUGAACCCACCGAAGGGCAGAUUCCCUGUUUAAAUUCCUUAUCCUCUUCCCUAUCCCCACUUGCUCUGCGCCCAAAAGUACUCUUGAUAGAGCAUCAGCUAAAGGUGCCUGCCCAGAAGGGUCUUAGAAAAAUAGAACCUCUAGAACUAUGCCAAGAUUUGGAGGAAUGGAGAUGAGAAAAUUAAGAGAUUGAGCUCCUGAAUGGGCAUAAUCUGUAUGGAAUCAUCGGAUCAACAGUAUCUAGAAACCAAGACCUUCGUGCAUGGUCCAGUUAAUUCCUCGCCUGGUUCCCUUCCCCAGGCUGACUCAGUUCUAGGUUUCUCUCAAAAGUUUCUCCGGGUCCCUCUGGGAUAAGAGCCAGAGAACCUCACAGAAUGGCCCCUGCUUUCUUUCCCUCUUGCCUUAUAUAGACCCAUACACCCCCUCUUUAGAUUUGGUUGUCCCUUAAGCUCACCAACACUCCCUGCCUCAGAAUCCUGGAGAAGAGAAAACUUUUCUCAGGGACCUAUUUCCUGGGAAGAGCCAACAAGGGAUAUAGUUUAAAACCUCAAACCAAAGAUGAAAGCCGGUGGUGAUCAUUGAGGUGAUAGAGUUCUAUUUCUCGUGAGCCAAGGAUGAACAAAGGACAAUGAUCAGCUGAUAGCACUUGACCGAGUAUCUACUCUCCUUUUAAGGCCGAUUUGGGGUUGAGAGAUGCAAAGGGGAUAGAAAACACCCUCUUCUCAUCAGCAGCAUACUCGUUCUAGAAAUUCAGCUCCCUAACACAAAAGACCACCGAAGGCCCACAAAACCCAAACACAGACGGAGUGUAAAAAGUAGAAAUGAUAAAUCAGGUUCUUGCCAGGAAAUAAAUAUCACACUGAUUUCCACGAUCCAACCAACCAACCCAUCCUUCCCUAGACCCGUAAGUAACCUUGGAGAAUAUAGUUGGUGCUCCUGGGGAGAUACCCUUGAUUCUUUGAACAUUCAAAGACAGUACCUGGGAAACCCAGGAGCAUCUAAACAGGUGACCAGACUUACCCUCCCACAUCUGUGUGCAGGAGGCUUGAAUCUGGUUCCACCAGGUUCUCCAGCCCUUGCCAGAUCCUGCCUCCUUGCAGCCCUGCUUUAUGACGUGGGCUUCCAGAAAAGGCGGAAAAGAAUCCCCCAAAGGAUUAGAAAACAGACUGCGAUGUUAAAAAAAAAAAAAAAAGGCUAUUUCCUGAAAGCUUUUUCGUUUGAUUUUAUUUUUGUCUUAGGAAGAAUACCUUGGAUCGUUCAGGGUAUAAAUGUAUCAGGGAAGGGAGUGGGGAGAAUUCCUCGUUGAGUCCCAAGUGCCUACUGUGUGGCUGACAAAAGCGAGCGCAUCAGGUUCCCUAGAGACAAAAUGGGGCAGAGAGACGGCAGAAGGAGUCAAGGUGUGUUUCGGGAAGAUGGAGGGUGCAGAGGGAGUGUCUUUUCUCUCCAUCCAUCCUGCUCUGGGCAUUGCCAGGAAUGUGGGAUCCUCUGCUGAUCUCCCGUGCACGCCUAGGGUCAGCACCUGAGCUUGGAAGUAUCGAAAGGGAUCCGCAUUGAGUGUAGACUGUAUUCUAGGUGCAUCCUAGAAUGAGAUCCUCAAAAUAACCAUAGGAUAGAAGUACGGUUGCUCCCAUUUUAUAGAUAGGGAAACUGAGGCUCAGGUUGGUCUCAGCCUCAUCAGCAACAGGAGUUUGCUAAUAAAUCCCUCAUGUUGGGCGUAUUCUUGAAGUGCCUGAUCUCUGCCACGGAGGUCAGAAUAAAAGUCGGAAAGAGAGAUAUGCUGUUCUGAGGUCCCCUGGGGCUCUCUCUUGAGCUUCAGCCUCUGCAGGGAGGAGGUUUGUUAGUGUCCUACCCCCUCGUCGUCUGGUUUGGGGUGUAUUGAGAACUCCUGGGGAUCUCACCUCUGUUCACAUCCCUUCUGACACUUGAAUGCUGUUUGUGUCUCUCCCCACACCCUUGCACUCUGCAUUCACUUUUUUGGUUGCUGGGGAGUUACUCUGUAGCAUGUGCCUAAUUUUAAAUAUCCCCUUCCGAAUCUCUCUUCUUUUUCUCCGUAGACAUCAGGGUUCCUUCCAUUCAACACGUGCAAGUAAUAUACCCUCCCAAGUGUUCAGGCCCCCACACCGCCCUGUGGGCCCCCAUCAGAGCCCUCCUCAACACUGUGGCCCAUUUUCAGAAAGGUCACGGUAUUUGCAAGAGGCUGUCCCUGGCACCAAGAUAACUACUGUUACCUUGAUCAGUUUGCCUCACUAAUGAGAGUUGAAUUAGAAUGUUUCCAUGACGCUUUCUGGGAGUCCAACAUGACGGCGUGCGUAAUGCAUUGGGGGAUGGGGGGAAGAUGUGGGUGCGACACUGAGCCUGUGCACCCCUUUCUUGCACCACUCCGGUUCUAAGCCACCCCCCCCCCGCCAGGCAUUUCUAUUUACUGUGAAUUGGGGCCACAGUAGGCCCAUUUCGUAGGUGAGGAAACAGAGCUCAGAUUUGAAGGAAUGUUUUUCUGGGAGGUUCUGCGAUUCAGUCCUUCUGGAGGGUCAGUGAAUCUAACAAAGCACCCUUGUCACUGUCCCUGAGAAAUUCUCUAGCUGUUUACACCUUUCAAGCUGGCAGCAAAAAGUCUCUUAAGCCAGAAAAGUUAUCAUUAUUUAAUACCUAUUUUAAGAUCCCAUCGUUGGGUCUACAAGUGCGUGACAACAUUCUCCCAGGGAUGCUGAGCUGUGCGGAAACUGGAACACUCAAAAGAGCCAUUUGGCCAGUAGGCUUUCUUCUCUGGGGCUGUAUUUCAAAGCACACAGCCCUCCAGGGAGCCAGAACCAAACUGUUUGCAAUGGAGUCAUUUCUCAGAUUAACUUCCUCAAAUAAGGUGACAGCAGUAUUGCAGAGAGAAGACAAAACUGAGAUGAUCACUCAUCAAUCCCUCUUAGGUACCAGGUCCAUGAAACAGUAAGUUUGCAUUUCUGCAAGUCUAGAACAUUCCUCAUUAGCCAUAGCCCUGGGUCAUAACCUCCCCCAGUUAAUUCUCUACCACACCUUUUGGGAAGGAUUUAAGAUGAGCCUUCAAAGGAAUAUUAACGUAACACGUAGCCAAUACCACAGCUGCCUUUUAAAUUAAUAAGGUUAAUUGUUCUCCAGCAAACGUAAGUUUGUCUUUGGCAUUUUAAAUGCUUCUCAUUGAUCUGACAUUUUGCUGUUUCAAGCUUUUAAAGGGCUCAAAUCAAAGACUAUCGAUAGCUGAGCAAAUAGUGAAGGUCCAGAAAUAUAAAAACAUUGUCAGUUUUUCCAUGAAAAAUAAUCAUAGCCUUUCAAAUUCGACUGAGGUUUUUACAUUACAUUACAUCUAAGACCUAUUGAAUUAUUUCUAUUCUCAGUUAAGCUAAGUCAAAUAAAAUGAGCGGUAUUGACUUUUUAAAACCCAUUUUCUUUAAAAAAAAAAAAAAAACCUUUAAGUUUAUUAGGUUUGUAGACACAGCUCUGAAGCCAUGGCCACUAAGGAAAUGUUCCAGUUUAGAAAUUGAAGAUUCAGACUAUUCUGCAUCAAAUUCAGGUGAUCAUCUUUGAAAAUUCUGGUGGAUUUGCAAAGAUGAAGGGGGCACUUGUAACAUUCACGUUCCCCACAUUUUUCACUGGGAAAGGAUGCCAAUUGCCUUUUUUUUUUUCCCCCAAUCAGAGAUAAGGUCAAGAAUAACAUUUUCAUAGCAAAUUCAGGAAACUACUCGAUACCACGAAUUACGUGGCUAGACGUGGCUCAGAUGCCUUCCAAGCCUGAGGUUCCCCAAAGAUUUAUCAGUUGUUCUUGAGCCCCGAAUCUUCAUCUUGUUCAUUCCCCUGCUCAAACCACCUUAAAAGCAUCUACUUGCCAAAUUAUUUAGUCGGUAGACUUUACUGUAGUUGAUCACAAUAGAAUGUUUGUGCAUAUGUGUUUAUGUAUAGUAUAUAUAUUUCAAGCUGAAGAUUCAGAAAGAAUUAGGCAAGUCUCACUGGUGGUUUGAGUAAGAACCAGAUCAUCAGAGACAAACAGUGGCCUUCUCAGACACAAAAAGAGGGCAACUCUUCAUCUUUCGGUCACUUUAUGAGACCCAUUGCCUACGUAAUCCACAAGCUGGUCAUUACCCACAGGAAGUCAUGGAAUAAAGCAGCUUUGAGGACCCAUGUCUGAGUCCACCUUCCACCCAACAUGGGCAGGAUCGACCUCCAUAUGCAGAGGGGUUCCCAUUCACAGUGACACACUCAAACACAGUCCAAAACCCACUUCAGAACUGGCUUGAUCUCUUGUAUGGUGGAACCCCAAGCAAGCUGGGUGCUCUACUCAGUGGUCCCCAUUGGGGAACAGACGUUCACUUACCAAUCACGUCAGUUUCUACCUGUCAUGUUUUAAUCCACUGCAUGAGGAAGUGCUGAUAACUGUAGUCAAUAUUUCCAAGCAUAGCUACAAAAUUACACGUUUGCUUAACACCUUUCUAUGAUAGAGAAAGUAUAUACUAUGGUUGUCUUCUUGUAGUAUGUCUUUUCUUUUUGUUCAACGUGUUAUCAACUGUUUUAAGGAAUGGGGUUUGAAAUGUGUGUGCAAACUGAUGUGUACAUAACUCCCAAGGCAACAAAAGUGCCCAGUCCUAUGGUGUAAAAAUGUAAAUACAGGAAAAUUUCAUUUUUCUAAUAAAACUAAUUUCUGCCGAUUGAUAUGAAAACAA